AUGUCCACUCAGAGCCAGCCAAGCCCUUCAUCAACAGCCACGGGGAUCAAACGGAGACGACCUGCUCUGGCCUGCGAGCAGUGCCGGGCGCGCAAGAUCCGUUGCGAUAGGACUCACCCCUGCGCCGCGUGCCAGCGAUCUCGAAAUCAACAUUGCACCUACGCGCCCGAUCCACAGCCAAGAAAGAAAGUGACUUUGUUGAGCCCCUCUAUACGAUCUGGAACUGUCAGCCCUCUCCAGGCUGCAGGCUCAGGACAUGGUGAUGAUCCCACUUCAGCACCAAGGCUCUGCAAGUUGGACAACCCCAAGAGUUUCACCGCAUCCGGACCGUCGCCUGCUCUGGCAGGCCCCUUGUCGCAAUCCAACGCUAUGUCGAGUGCCGCUCAGCAGACAAACACCUUCAUCCCCGGGGUCGUGGCACUCACUCCAGAAAGCCUCCCAGGAAAUGCGACCUAUGCCAACGUAGCCUCGCUUGAAUCUCGAAUCAGCCAGCUUGAGCAGGAACUAGCAAAGUCCCGCCAACUGUAUGGCGGCGACCUGUGUAAUCAACUUCAGACAUGCAAAUCACUGGCCAGACAAGUAAAAGCCUCCCGUGUUUUAGACUUUGCCAUUACCUCCAUGUCUUUUGGGAAGCGGAUGCCCACGAGACAGAUAGCAGACCAGCUCGUCGAGGCCUAUUUCAGGACCUUUGAGACCGUAUACCGCACUGUUCACGUACCUACGUUCCGCGCCGAGUACGAAAAGUACUGGGCAACCCCCCAGGUAGCCGACGGCUCUUUCGUCAUUCUUCUGCAACUUUGCAUGGCUAUCGGCGCCGCCUUUCAAGACGAUACUUUCUCGCUUCGCUCGUCGGCCUGCCACUGGGUCUGGGAGGCCAAUCUCUGGCUCACAUUAGCCUGCAAGAGACAUAAAAUCAGUAUUACGGGCAUGCAGAUCCUCUGCCUAUUGCAUCACGCAAAUGAUAUCACCAAUAUGAGCUCCGAUCUGAGCUGGAUUGGUGCCGGAACCCUCCUUCAUACAGCAACACAUAUUGGGCUCCAUAAGGAUCCAAAGUCCUUCCCUGGUAUGACGGUAAGCGAAGCAGAGAUACGUCGGCGGCUCUGGGCUACAGUAAUAGAGAUAGUCCUUCAAGCCAGUCUAGACUCUGGGGGAGCUCCUACUCUAACCCUCGAAGACUACGACGCCGAUCCGCCUGCCAAUGUUAAUGAUGAACAGCUUGUUAACCACACGAAUCCUGCAUCAGGCAAGGACGAUGCAGAACUGUGCACUGAGAUGGCGGCACAACUCGCCCUACUAGAAACCUGGCCGGCCCGGCUAGCCGUUGCUAAGGCAGUCAAUUCCAUCCGGUCCACGGCUUCUUUUAAUGAAUCACUUGCUAUCAACUCUGACCUCGGCACUUCUGUGCAAAGAAUAACUCAGCGGCUGGGCAAAUUUCACGAGGCGGGCGGAAUAUCCUCAUUUCAGCUACGAUACGUCGAGUUCACCAUGCAUCGCUUCUUCCUGACCCUUCACUUGCCCCUCCUCCCUCAGGCACUGCAAAAUCCCUUGUUCCAUUUUUCUCGCAAGAUGUCUACCGAUGCGAGCACACGCCUCGCAGCAAUAACUUAUCUAACCCCUGAGUCUCGGGCGUUUCUAGCCACUCGGGGGACCCUCUCGGACUGGGACUUUUCCCGGCUUUUCCUCUGCGGCAGCGGCCCGUAUCGGGCCACACAGCCACAGCUCAUCCUGACCUUGGCCGUGGAUCUCGCUCAGAGCCUGGAAAAAGAGCCCCGUUCGCACUAUGGAGCACUUACAGCAGGCAUGGCCGAGGCCCGCUCGAUCCUUCAGUCAUGGCACGAGCUGCGCCGGGAACGCCUUCGAGCUGGCGACACAAAUGUCAAGGCGUUUGUUAGUACCGCCUGUAUGCUUGCCCAUCUCAACGCGCUAGAGGCUCGCUGCUCCAAGCCGGAGCAUGACAAGAUGCUCCGCGAGGCGGCCAUAAAGGCGGUGGCAGAAUGCAUCGAGAUACUGCAGGGUAUGGCAGGGGAGAACAGCAGCGAAACGGGCGAGACGGGCGAGGCGGGCGAGGCAGGCGAUGCAGGCGAGGCGGGCCCGACGUUGGAUACUUGCCAGACUGUAGAUCUUGAUGACUUUGGGGUUUUUGACUUUCUAGGAGGCGGGGGAUGGGAUGAUGAUGACGCCGUGAGUUCUGAUCUCUGCUGCCCAGUUUGGAGGGCCCAACUGACAUGA